AUGGAGUGGCUAGGAACAGCCCGAACUUCCUUUACACAUUCACCCUCUACCAUCAAGCUGAAUGGGCGCGAUGGAACAGAAAGCGACUUAUCGACCGUCUGCCGGGAAUCAACUCCUCCGUGUAAGCUAAACCCGUUGCUUUUCAAUGGACAUUUACAAACCAUGUGGACUGCAAUCGGUAAAGAAGGUCCACAUUUACACUACAAGAGGAAGAUUUUUGAAGCCAGUGACCAAACUUAUGCGGGUACUUUUGCUGUUGACUUUUUAGCUGAACCCUCCUCGGAGACUGACGAAACUCUUCCCAUUAGAACUACUUAUUUCAGCGACAAUGAAUUUAAAAAUAUGAAAUCAAGCGGGUUCGAAGAUGAUCGGCCUAUGCUCGUAAUAUUACACGGACUGUCAGGUGGAUCUUACGAAAUCUACUUGAGGCAUGUCCUGGAACUAUUAGUGAAAACAGACGGCGAGGAAAGAUGGGAAGCCUGUGUGGUAAACUCUAGAGGAUGUGCUCGCCAUAAAAUAACUAGCAGCAUUUUGUACAAUGCUAGAGCAACUUGGGAUUGUAGACAAACUAUUUCGUGGUUAAGGAAAAACUUUCCUCACCGACGUCUAUAUGGACUGGGAUUUUCCUUAGGGGCUAAUAUUCUCACAAACUAUAUAGGGGAGGAAGGUUCUGCUUGCAUUCUAGAGGCUGCCGUCGUCAUCUCGAAUCCAUGGUCCUUGGAGGUUGGGUCUGCAGCACUACGUAGAACAUGGCUAGGUCGAGAAGUAUAUAGCAAGACUAUGGGUGGCAACAUGAAGCGCCUGCUAGAAUUGCAUUACGAUUCCGUGUCACAAAAUCCGAAAUUAGAUUUUGAAAAGAUACGGAAGGCUGUGUACUUGCACGAGUUUGACCGAUUAGUCCAGGGGCCAACAUGGGGCUAUCCAACAGAAGGUGCUUACUAUCGCGAUGCUUCUUCAACCGAUGCCUUGCUCGCAAUCAAGAUACCUCUUUUUGCUAUAAACGCAGUAGAUGACCCUAUUAUCACUAACGAAGCAAUUCCAUACGAAGAAAUAAAGAAGAAUCCUUACACGGUCUUAUGUACGACAUCGCUUGGAGGCCAUUUAUCCUGGUUUGAAAUUGGAGGAUUUCAAUGGCAUGCUCGACCGACUGUCAACUUCUUAAAGAAGAUGGCAUUGAUGAAGUUUAAAAAAUCAACUGAAGAAGAUAUAUUGGACGUAGACGGAAAAUAUCCGGGAAUGGUAAUAUUUGAUCCGAUCCGCCGUAAGCUACAUGCCUAA